UGGAUAAUGAUGUACUAAGGCUUGCUUUUCUUAAACUCAAAAUCUGGUUCAGCAUUGCGCCUCAAAGACUCAAGACCAGACUUAACCUCAAUACUAAAAUUUUAAAAGACACAAGUCAAAUCCUCUCUCCUCUCAUGGCAACUUUAUAACAUUUACCAGUGAAAAGUAAAAUUUUAAGGAAUACAUAUAAAAUUAAUUAAAGAUUUAAUUAAAAUUUAUUUUUAAUAAUUUAUAUAAAAUGUCAUCGCAAAUUGAGCGUUUAAAUUGUGCCGUAAAAAAUUAUGCUUGGGGCAAGUUGGGUGAAAAUUCAGAAGUUGCCCGACUUUAUAUUGAAGGCCAUGAGGAUAAAGAAAUUAAUAGUGAUACUCCAUAUGCAGAGCUGUGGAUUGGAACACAUCCUGAUGGUCCAUCAAGAAUUCAUUUAACCAAUGUCCAAUUAAGUGAAAUCAUUACAGACAAGAAUAAAAAGAAAAAUAUUCAACUACCUUUUAUUAUGAAAAUAAUGUCAAUUCGGCAUACACUAUCACUUCAAGUCCAUCCAACUAAAGAACAAGCCAUUUUAUUAAACAAACAAAAUCCAACUAAUUACCCCGAUCAAAAUCAUAAACCAGAAUUGGCUUAUGCAUUGACUAGAUUUGAGUUACUUUGUGGAUUUAGACCUGCAGGGGAAAUUUUAGAAAAUAUGAAAGCAUUUCCUGAAUUAUGUCAAGCAAUGGGUUAUCAGAAUACCAAACAAUUUAUUGAAUUAUCUAAACAAUUUUCGCCUGAUUCAUAUGAAAUGAUUAAUGCUUUGAGGAAAUGGUCUAAAUAA